AAAUCUCGUAAAUGAGAAAAUAAAAUUUUAAAAACAAUUUAUUGUUAAUAGUUUAUUAAGCUAUUGUUAAAAAUUGAUAUUAAACUAACACAGGAGUAAGAUAGAGGUAGAAAUAGUGCUAUAAGUAAAGAGAGAGACAGAAAUAGAUUUUUUUUUGUAAAGUAAUCAAUAUGUAAAAGAGCAAGCACACACCUAGAUUAGUGUACUGGUUGUUCAAUAUGACUCUUUCACUAUCUUCCUUCAUUAUAAAAUAUCUUAUAUCACACAUAUAUUUUCGAUAAGUUUAUUGCUAAUAUUAUUCUUAAGAACUGCCACUACCACUCAGUUACCCCAAUUGCUUUUACAAUGUUUUGCCACCUAUUAAAAGAUUAAUGCUAAAAAUUUGCACAUAUUUUUAGCACAAUAAUUAUUAUAAUAAUUUAUUCAUUUAUAUUUUUCUACAGACAGUGAACUAUAUGGUAACUCGAAUGUAUUAUCAUCCACCUUAAAUCCAACAACGUUGGUAUCAUCAUCACCCGAACCAAUGCGACGCGAUUCUAUAUUGAAACCACAAGGCAGUAUGAAGACGAGCGAUAAACGUGUAUCGAUCAAACAAACAACAAGUGAUAUAACAAUUCCAAACAACAAUAACAAAAUAAUAGCAAAUGUUGAAUAUAUAUCGGAAAUAUCUUCGGUAAAUAAUACAACAGGGCCAAAACCCAUAGCUGUUGAAAGACGUCUUAAUAAGCCUCCAUCAGGACCACGUCCAGCUUCUCUGGUCAUCACGAAAAAUGACAAGAAGUCUGGACAAUAUAGAUACAAAAUGACACGUUCCUCGUCUGUUGAUUAUGAAGAUAUCGAAGGUCAACAUCAAACAAAUAAUGCCAACAAACUGACAUCUGAACAAAUGCAAGAAGAUGAAUCGGCGCCUUUAGUAUUCACAGUGCACAAAUGAUCCAUCGUUUGUACAUUCACAAAUGUGUUGUGUCUCCAAUAGUUUAUUAACAAUAUUUUUAGCUUUAAGCGAGUGUAAUGUGCAUAUUUAAUGAAUUUUCAC